AUGAAGCUUCACACGCUGGAAGAGGAACGGCUCAGGGGGCAGUCCCUGGAUCUACAAAAGAAAGUGAGCAGCUAUCUAUGCAUAGAAACCAAACAGUCUCGUACGCACAAGGGAUGGGUGUACGCUGUAGACCCAGAGAACCGCUCUGUGCUACUACUGUGCGAAGCGGAAGACACCGCGAGUAAUUACGAUCCGGGUUCGCCCAAUGCUACCACAACGCUUGUGUGGCUAUUCAGCCCGAAUAUAAUUAGCUAUUCAGAUAUAGCACCCAGUGGCCCAUGCCCAGCAGAGAUCCGACUAAUACUCCAGAACGGCCUAUCAUCUUUGAGUUGCUUUCAACAGACGUCUACGGCUGUGACGCAAAACACAGCGCAACUCAAUGAUCGCUGCGACAGGGUCCUUGCGCUGCUUGCCUCCCAUCGGAUACCGGUAACGGUGGAGACGAGUGCUGCCGAGAGCCUGACCCCAUCAGACGCACCAGUCCGCCGGCUGUGUGUGCUGAAACUGCUGUACAUCGAUCCCCCGUACGACAAGCACUCGAUCACCUGCACCAAUGCCGUGGUGUAUGCGCGGAUACAACGAUUGUUAGAGCCGCUCGAUCUGUGA